UCCUGGACCGGGGCUGCCCGCCAGACCCCGCCGCUCGGAUCCCCUGAGCUGUCUGCCGCCCAUACUUGGCCGUGCAGUCCCCCAGCUCCAACACUAAGUGAGUUGGGGUGCGUCCCCACCACAUCCCCAGGCCCUCCUAGCCACGUGGCUCAGUGAACCCAGGCUCCGUUGCUAUGGCCCUGCUAUGGGCCCUCUUCCUAGCGCUCCUAGCAGGUGCCCACGCGGAGCUCCCGGGCUGCAAGAUCCGCGUCACCUCUGCGGCGCUAGAGCUGGUGAAGCAGGAGGGGCUGCGCUUUCUGGAGCAAGAGCUGGAGACCGUCACCAUCCCAGACGUGUACGGCGCAAAGGGCCACUUCUACUACAAUAUCUCGGAUGUGAAGGUCACACAUCUGCAGUUGAUAUCCUCGGACCUCCAUUUCCAGCCAGACCAGGAGCUGUUGCUGAAUAUCUCCAACGCAUCCCUGGGGCUACACUUCCGGAGGCAGCUCCUCUACUGGUUCUUCUACGAUGGAGGCUACAUCAACGCCUCGGCCGAGGGUGUGUCCAUCCGAACAGGUCUGCAGCUCUCCCAGGAUCCCACUGGUCGGAUUAAAGUGUCCAAUGUCUCCUGCAAGGCCUCAGUCGCUAGGAUGAACAUGGCCUUUGGGGGAACCUUAAGGAGGAUGUAUAACUUCUUCUCCACAUUUGUCACUUCGGGGAUGCGAUUCCUCCUCAACCAGCAGAUCUGCCCUGUGCUCUACCAUGCUGGGACAGUGCUGCUCAAUUCUCUCCUGGACACAGUGCCCGUGCGUAGUUCUGUGGAUGAGCUUGUCGGCAUAGACUACUCCCUCCUGAAGGAUCCUGUGGUCUCCAACGGCAAUCUGGAUAUGGAAUUCCGGGGAGCAUUCUUCCCCCUGAAGGAAGGGAACUGGAGCCUCCACAACUGGUCGGUGGAGCCACAGCUGGAAGAAGACGAGAGGAUGGUGUACGUGGCUUUCUCUGAGUUCUUCUUUGACUCUGCCAUGGAGAGCUACUUCCGGGCUGGAGCCCUACAGCUGACACUUGUCGAUGACAAGGUGCCAAGUGACCUGGACAUGCUUCUGAGAGCCACCUACUUUGGGAGCAUUGUUCUCCUGAGCCCUACAGAGAUUAACUCCCCGUUAAAGCUGAAGCUGGAGGCCAUGAGCCCCCCACGUUGUACCAUCAGGCCAUCAGGCACCACCAUCUCUGUCACUGCCAGUGUCACCAUCACCUUGGCCCCACCCAUGCUGCCUGAAGUGGAGCUGUCCAAGAUGAUUAUGGAAGCCCGGCUCAGUGCUAAGAUGACGCUCCGGGGCAAGGCGCUGCGAACAAAGCUGGACCUUCGCAGAUUUCAAAUCUACUCGAAUCAGUCUGCGCUGGAGUCUCUGGCACUGAUCCCACUGCAGGCCCCACUGAAGACGCUGCUGCAGAUCGGAGUGAUGCCUAUUCUCAAUGAGCGUACCUGGCGAGGCGUGCAGAUCCCCCUUCCUGAGGGCAUCAACUUCGUGCGUGAGGUGGUGACCAACCAUGAGGGCUUCCUCACCAUCGGGGCUGAUCUCCAUUUUGCCAAAGGGCUUCGAGAAGUGAUUAACCAGAACCGUCCUGCCGCCGGUGUCUCUCCACCCUCUGCGGCAGCUCCCUGAGCCCUUCAUCCCACCCAGGCAGCUGGCAUUCAGGAACUGAGUCCUCUCAGCAGCACCCCCAACCUCCCGACCCCCAUCCCACUUGUUGAAGUGUUCUUGGUGCCACAGAGAGGAAUGCGGUUGGAAGCUAUGCCCGAUUUAAUUUCAUAAUCAGUCAACCAUCAAUUACAAGCCAUCCACUCCUCUCCUUGGGCUGCCCAAGAGCUCUGUUGGGGUCCCGGGAUGGAGCAUUUUAAGCAGGUCAGGCCACCUUACUGUGGUGGCAACAAAGUGAUCCAUUUGUG